UCUCCUCCUUCAUUACCCCUAACAGCAGAAAGGUCCGCAUAGCGCACUCAGCAAAAGAAGUUUCACAACCUCUACCUGUACUUCAGUUCAACCGAUUAUCAUGUUACAACGUGCAGCGCAGUGGAAGCCCCUCUUGCAUCUCAUUCAGAAGGGAAAGGGAAGCAGAGACUCAAAGAAUGAUAGUCUCGCUAGAGAUUUCAGCAUGUAUCUUGGUCGAAAGGAUUACUCUACCAUAAUUCUGAAUGACCAGAUGCAACACCUCUUAAGCUCUGCACGGGAUGUCCUUCUCAACAGCAAGAAUGGCCUGAGACAUUUAGCGACAAUGACCUUUGGAGAACAUAGCCCGGCUGCAGAAGAUCUUUUAGAUAGGAUGAACCAAAUCACGACGUAUUUGCGAUCCUAUCCUCCUGACGUCAGGGUACAUACCAUGGACUCCUAUGCAGAAACCCAAGACCCCACCACUAUCCCUCGCCACCAGCACCUUUCUAGUAUACCUCCUUGGCAAGCAUUGUCUGUCGAGACGAGGCGAACCUUACCCCUUGAGUUUUCGUUAAGUAUCACCCUCUACGAGCUGUUCCAGAGGUCGUCUACUACCAAUAGAAAUCAGAGUCUCAUUUGCCUGUUCUUGACGAUCACUAUCAUUCAUGAGCUUGCUCAUAUAGUGAUGUACACCUUCGCCUCACAGGAUACCCCAGUAAAGUUUUAUGGGAACGUGCCAUUAAAGGCUGAUGCUGAGAAAGGGGAGGCAGCAGCCAGUCUAGAGAGGGUGAUGUUUGGGGGGGAAGUAUUUCUGGCAACCCCAUCUAGUUUCACCAUCGAGACAGUUGACCCCUCCCAUGUUAUCAUACUUGUGGCAACAGAAAGUAAAGAUAAUUGGAAAGUUCUCGAUAAAAGUAUCGCCAAUCUGACAGACAUUGUGUCUGGUGACUGGAGUCACAUCAGCAAUGUACCAACACAGCCUUUUCCAUCUGGUUUCUCUCUCGUGAAACCGAAGUCUUCAGAUGUAAAAUCCUCUUCACCCCCAGCGCCAUCAUCUUCCUAUGGUGAUUAUGUUGUCUGGGUACCUCCGUCAAAUAUUCGUGGGGUAAAAUAUUGAUAGGCUCAGGGAAGGGUGAUUUCAUUAUUUGGAAGUCGUCGGGUUUGAGUCCAAGUCGGAGUGUGCUGGGAUGGCAUGGUGGAGAGCUUCUACAUGCAUUCUGAAGUGUCCUUGAGAUUCUUCUGAGCCUGGAGAUCCCAUCUUUUUUGGAGGACCUUCGAAAUGAGACACAGAAUUUCCCCUCAUCGUUUUGCACUGCGUUCAUAGUCAUUCUUCAACCCAAUUCAUUCAUACGAGCCCUGUCAAUAAUAGUGGAAUCAAACUGUUAUCUUAUACUUUGC